CUGAUUCUAGUGAGUCUUGUAGAAAAGAAAGAGCGGAUACUGAGACUGAGAAAGCAACGACGAAAGCUGGGUGUUGACACUAAGGAAGAAUUUGACGAGUCUCUGGACUUGGAAGAUUCAUUGCUGGAAGAUCCCAAGAAGAAUGUGAAAAGUCCGCCAAAGGAGAAGAGCAGUGCGUCUGAGCCAAUCGUUGCGCCCAAAAUUCCAAACUCGAACAUAUCGAUCUUCAGUUCCGAGUUUCUCGAGUACAAUAAAAAUAGAGAAUCCCAGCUACGAUCAAUUCGAAGAGAAAUUGGUGUUGCUGAAGCUGAGCGGGAAGCUAUGCAACGAACAAUUGAGAAAAUGCAGGCUAACAAUGCUGCACUAGAGUCCCAGGCUGCUCAUGACAAGAAAAUGGCAAAAGAAGCAGACCGCAUUAUCGAAUGUUGGAUGCGAGUCUUGAGAAGUGCUAUGAGCGAAACAAUGAGAGGUAAAUGUUUGUUGCUUGUUCAACUUAUCAAUUCUGUGCUCUUUUUUCUUUAUAUCCGUUUAUCAUAA